UUAAACGCCAUUGAAAUUAGAGUUACGUUUUGUGUUAUUGUUUUGACACAAUUUAAGCUAACUUUUAAUUACAACCAUUUAUUUGACGGUAUUUUUUGCCACAAAAACCACGUGUUGUUCACACGAUUAGACCACACCAUGUCUUCGGCCAAUAUCUUCUACAAAUCGCCGCUCAAUGGCUUCAAAACACGAUGCGUUCAAUUGGAUGGACACGAGAAGAGUGGCCGCGAGUUAUCGCAACGGAUAUCACUUCUUGAGGCGAUUCCCGAAAACGACUUCAAAUUAUACUCAAAUGACAAACCGUUGUCAGCGAGCGAUGUCUUGACGGACGGCUCAGUGGUGUGGCUCUCGAUGGGAGGCCUGAGGGGCGGAAAGGGAGGCUUCGGGUCGAUGUUGAGGGCUAUCGGCGCUCAGAUCGAGAAGACCACGAAUAGGGAGGCGUGUCGUGACCUCACGGGUCGUCGACUGCGAGAUAUCAACGAAGAGAAACGUAUUAAAGAGUGGAUCAAAAAGGAGGCGCUCAGGAAGAAGGAGAUGGACGAGCGGCGCAUCCAGAAGCUGAAGAAGAGGGCCGAGAAACCAAAGGCGGAGUUCAAUGAUAUUGACUUCGAGAGACAAAGAGCCGAAAUACCCGAUAUUGUGGACGAAGCGCUUCAAUAUGGACUUCAAUUGCGCCAAAAGCAAAGUACCUGUAGUUCGGCGGCCGGUAGUAGUGGUGAGCAAUCGGUGGCACAAAAACGCAAAUCCGAUCAUAAGCUGGCGGCCACGAAGAAGAAGAAGAAGCUCUCGCUUUGGAUGGGAGUCGACGGCAUUGAUGUUGAAGACAGUGAUGAGGAGCCCGAAAGCGACGGACCCGUUGUUUACGGCGAUAGUUCUAAACCAUCGACUGUCACGUCGAGUAGUGCCGCGUCCUCUGCGGCCGAAGUCGAAGAGUCGAGUGAGUUGUCCAGUGGUUCCGAUGAAGCGAAACAAAGUGUUGUCGAGUGUUCGACUGAUUUGAAUCAAUUAAAUGACGAUAAAAGUGAUGAUAAGCCCAAUACUGAUGAGAAGGUGUCAUCAGAAGUGGUGUCAGAGACUGAACAGAGAGUUGUUAACGAUUCCAACGAACCUAAGGCUCCAAAAGAGCCAGAAGUAGUUUACGAGCCGUUGGAUCUGAUGGCCUACGAAAGUGUGGACCAAUUGGAAGCGCUGGGUUUGGAUCGACUGAAGUACUCGUUGACGGCGUUGGGGCUAAAAUGCGGCGGAAGUCUGGCCGAGAGGGCCAACCGAUUGUUCUCCGUUCGAGGCCUUCAAACUAAAGACAUCCCAAAGAAACUCUUCGCCGUAAACAAGAAAAAAUGA